AUGACGACCUCAAGCUCCGCCCCCUCGGGGGAUCUCACCUCCCAGAUCCUUCAAGCUCUUUCGGAAAAGAGCCCCCUGCUCUCCUCAGAGGCCUUCCCCGCCAUCGCCUUCCAGGACAUCAAGGCUGCCCUCGACCGUCUGGCCUCCCGAUCUAUGGUCACAUACGAGACAAUUGACCGAGAGGAGGCUAUUCUUGAACCCGAGGCGGAGCAGAUUGCUGAGCACGGCAGUCACGAGGCGCGUGUUUUCGAGGCCUUGAGAAGUGCUGUUGAAGGACUGUCGGUUCAAGAUUUGGAGAAGGCCAUUGGAGAUAAGACAGUGACCAAGGUCGGACAGGGCAAGGCUUUCAAGGAGAAGUGGAUCAAGAAGAGCAGCGAUGGCAAGCUUGUUGCUACUGCCGAGUCCAUCGAGGAUGUCACCCGAGCGCAACUCCAGAGAAUCAAAGAGACCCGAACACACGAGCCCAAGAUCUUGACCGACUUGAAGAAGCGAAAGCUGAUUAAGAUGCAAAAGGUCAUCAGCUUCAAGAUCGAGAAGGGAUCCAAGUUUGCAUUGGAAAUCCAAAAGGAGGAGACUGACCUGACAGCCGACAUGAUUGCGUCCGGAUCAUGGAAGUCUGCCAACUUCAAGCCUUACAACUUCAAGGCCCUCGGUGCCGACCAAAACGCUGGUGCCCUGCACCCCCUGAACAAGGUGCGACAUGAGUUCCGAUCCAUCUUCUUCGAGAUGGGUUUCGAGGAGAUGCCCACCAACAAGUUCGUCGAGACUGGAUUCUGGAACUUCGACGCCUUGUUUGUCCCUCAGCAGCAUCCUGCUCGUGAUCUUCAGGACACCUUCUACAUUUCCGACCCUGCUCUUGGUGAUGCGCCCCGUUCAGAAGAAGGACAGAACACUGAGGAGUACUGGGAGAACAUCAAGCAGGUUCACCAGAACGGAAAGUUUGGAUCAAUUGGUUACAGAUACCCCUGGUCAGCGGAAGAGACCAAGAGACUGGUGCUCCGAACACACACUACUUCCAUUUCAACAGCCAUGCUCUACAAGCUAGCAGCACAGAAGGGACCUGACGGCCGCCCACCUCCCGCGCGAUACUUCUCUAUUGAUCGAGUUUUCCGUAACGAGACAGUGGACGCAACCCAUCUGGCUGAGUUCCACCAGGUCGAGGGUGUUAUCGCUGACUACGAUCUUACACUGGGUGGACUGAUGGAGUUUAUGGAGGCCUUCUUCGCCAAGAUGGGCAUCACCAACCUCAAGUUCAAGCCCGCUUACAACCCUUACACCGAGCCCAGUAUGGAAAUUUUCAGCUACCACGAGGGUCUGGGCAAGCUGGUGGAGAUUGGUAACAGUGGUAUGUUCCGACCUGAGAUGUUGGAGCCUAUGGGUCUUCCCAAGGACAUGCGUGUCUUUGGCUGGGGUCUGUCUCUUGAGCGCCCAACCAUGAUCAAGUACAAGAUCUCCAACAUUCGAGAGCUGUUGGGCCACAAGGUCGAUCUCAACUUCAUCGAGAGAAACCCUGCGGUGAGAUUAGAGAAGGAGUAA